AUGGGUUUCUUUAACAAGCGCAACACGACGCCUGUCGCCGCAGACACUACAACGGCAACUGGUGCUCACGAGAAGCGGACUAGACCCAGGCGUUCAUCCAAAGGCGGCUCGUCGUCCUACAACAGCAGACCUGGAUUUGGAUCAUGGCUCAAGGCUACCUGGCUCGAUAUCCUGACUAUGGCUCUCAUGGGCGCUGUCGGUCUUGGUGUUUACUUCGCUGACCCAGCACCAAGCCGCAGCUUCCCCAUCAUCUUCCAAGAUGGUGAGAUCGUCUAUCCCCAGUUCGCUUACCCUAUGCGUAACGAGAUCGUUCCGAUUUGGGCUGCUGCUCUGAUGGCUUUCUUCAUUCCCUUUGCUGUCUUCCUGAUCGUUCAGAUCCGCGCUCGCAGCUUCUGGGACAUCAACAACGCAACCAUUGGUCUGCUCUACGCCUUGAUCACCGCCGCCGUCUUUCAAGUCUUCAUCAAGUGGCUUAUUGGUGGUCUGCGCCCUCACUUCCUUGCUGUCUGCAAGCCUGUCAUCCCUGCCGAACUUCUCCCGACCGUCGGCACCAACGACAAUGGCGUUGAUGCUGGUAGCGCGUACGGUAACGUCGCAAAUGGAUACCGCCAGAUCAUGUUCGACCGCAGCAUCUGCACAGGUGACAGGAAGGAGAUCAACGACAGUCUCGAGUCCAUGCCCUCUGGCCACACCACGGCUGCCUUCGCUGGAUUUGUCUACCUGUAUCUGUACCUCAACGCCAAGUUGAAGGUCUUCUCCAACCAUCACCCGGCUAUGUGGAAGCUCAUCGCUCUUUACGCACCUAUCCUUGGAGCCUGCUUGAUCGGCGGUGCCCUGACCAUCGACGAAUACCACAACUGGUAUGAUAUCCUUGCCGGAGCUGUCAUUGGUACCUUCAUGGCUUUCAGCGCCUACCGCAUGACCUACGCCUCAGUCUGGGACUUUCGCUUCAACCAUAUCCCUCUUAUGCGUCAUGCUCCUUUCGUCUAUGGCGCCGGCCCAAGCUCUUUCGAUGGUUUCCACGAUACCGUCUUCACUCGCAAGGCCGGAUGGGGUACAAUUGAGGGAACUAGCUGGGGCGGUGCGCCGUUCGAUGCUGCAGAUGGUCCUAGGGGUACCAUGAUGCCACACCCUGACGGCCCUGCUCAUGGCCACCAUGGCAGUGCCUCGAGCCGUGUUCAGAGGAAACCUGUCGGUGCUGACAGGCAUGGUGAGCAGAUGGUCUAA